AUGCAACAAACAAGGCUUCAUUGGAAAGGAUUCACAACAGUAUAUUUAUGCUAUGUUUGGAUGGCCCGCAGCCAGCAGGUGAUGGUGACCCUUUUGACCUGGCAGCUUCUAUUGUUCUUCAUGGGGGAGGCAGUGAUUUGUACACAGCCAAUCGGUGGUUUGAUAAAACCUUACAG